UCCAUAGGCGUAACUUGGGAUACCUAGCUUUUUUCAUUAGUCUCGUACUAAUUUCGUAUUGUUUAAUUCAUCACUAAAGAAUUUUUCCUCUCAUUAGAAUGCCUACUGAUAGUGCUCGACAGAAAUUAUGGAUGGACCAGUUAAAACUGAAAAUUUCAGAAUCUUCCAAAUGGGUAUAUGUUUGCUCUGACCAUUUCUGUGACGAAGAUUUCAUCCUUAAAUUUGGAAAAAAAUGUUUGAAAACGGAAGCUAUUUCAUCCAGGAUUUCAUUGCCUGAUCCUUGUUCAAGUAACACAUUAGCGGCUUCAGACGAAAGGUAUAUGACCCAGGACCCAUCAGAUGUUGGUAAAGUUGGGGAGUCCUCAAAAUUGAUUGGUUCUGAAUUAUCAGAAACUUCAGAUUUGUCUGCUACCGCAAGUGCUUCAGAUUUAUCUGCCACAUUGACUGCUUCCGAUUUAUCUGCUACAGACAUGUCUGUUGCUUUGGCCGCUCCAGAUUUAUCAGGCAAAGUGGAUUCCUUAGAAGUAUUUGAUACUGAAAAAUUUGCAGCACCACAUACAAAAACUUCAUGUUGCACAUCGACUGCUUCAGAUGGAAGGAGUGUGACCCAGACUCUCUCAGAUAUUGGUAGAGUAGAGGAAUUUCCAAAACAGAGUGGUCUGAACUAUCUAAAACUUCAACAGCUUCAGAUUUGUCUGCUACAUGCAAUGAUUGCACUAGUCUGUUGA